CGAACCUGCAGACGACAGCCCUCAGUGUCGCCAUGGCUGCCUUGAGGAGAGGUCUACCGCACUUCGCUGUCGGGUGCGUCGUCAAAGGCUUCGGGAGAGGCUCGAAGGAACUUGGAAUUCCUACAGCCAAUUUUCCCGAGCAUGUGGUAGAGAAACUGCCAGAGGAGAUCAGCACCGGCAUCUACUUCGGGUGGGCAAAAGUUGACAACGGACCUACCCUUAAGAUGGUUAUGAGCAUCGGAUGGAACCCUUACUAUAACAACAAAAAGAAAUCAAUGGAGAUUUACAUCUUCCAGGAAACGCACAUCAUGCACGUCUUCGAGAACGACUUCUAUGGAUCUGAGCUGAAAGUGGUCAUGCUGGGAUAUAUUCGCCCAGAGGAAAAUUAUAAUUCUCUCGAUGAACUAAUAAAAGCAAUCAAAAAUGACAUAGCUGAAGCAGACAGACAGCUCUCUCUUCCAGAACAUCUAGUGUACAAGGACCAUGCCUUCUUCACAGGGAAGCCAGUCCCACAAACUAAUGGAUCUAUAAGUAAUGGAAUUAUUGCCAAUGGAAAAGUGAAUGGGCAUGGAGAGACAGAAAAUCAAGUCAACGGCAAUGGCAAUCACACUGGCUGAAAAUCUCAUAAUGUGUCUGUAAUGUGGAAAGGCCUCAUUCAAGAGUGUAUUUUCUGGGCCAAAAUGCCAACUUCCCGAGCCAUGCCAAAUUUAGGUCUUGAAUUGCAGCUAGGGUUUGGUUUAUUGAAUGCUUCAUUUUGAAUUUACUGGAGUAAAUAUUGACUAUAUAAAGUUUAGUAUUUCAAGUUGAAUAUUUAAGAAUUGAAUAGGUUUGUGUUUUUUAAUAUUUUUACGUUGUGGAGUAGUUUGGUCUUUAAGCUCAAAACCACUUGAUCUGAAUGAUGUAUUAUGAAGGAAUGUGAAAGGAGUGUUGAUAAAAGGAAAUAUUUAAUCACUUUUGUAUUCUAUCUUGUUACUUUCAUUCUCUGCUUUGUGCAAGCUUUCAUUUAUAAUUAAUUUUGCUUUUUAAUUUUGAUUGAUUUCAAGUUUGAAAACAGUUUACAGAUAUUAUAUUAUCAUGACAUUAACAGUAUUAUUUUUUUGCUGACAGGGAAUAGAGCAACUUGAUUGUUUGUUUACUUUGUCUCCUUUUCUUAUUAUUUAUUAUUUCUUUUGAGCUUUAUGAAAGACACCAUUCUGAAGUCUUGUAAUUUUUCUGUGAUUAGUCUGGCCCAGAAUCAGAGCAUAGUAGUAAUAGCAAUAAGAAGUGUAUGUUUUGAUAUGAUAAAGUAUUUAAUGUAAAGUUCAAUAUAUAAGAAGUGAUAACAGUUAUAAUGCAUAUGUGAUAACCUGGAAAGGUAUUAUGCACUUGGGUGGGCUUUGAUAUCAGGAUCAUUAAGUUGUCCAUUAAACUCACUUGCACUUAACAGUCAACUUUUGGAAUCAUAUUUGAAUAUAUUUUUUCCCAAAUUUAUUGUGUGGUGAUAACCAGGAAAAGUCAGGUGGCUCCAUUGAGUGAAGAGUCAGUGGUAUUAUUGUUUUAUACACAAAGUUGCAUGCAGCCAGCAGUCUCACCCAAAGGUACUUUUUUCUGGAAAGUGAAUUUCUAUUAAUGAGAGUAAUUUCAAUUGAGUACGUUGAGUUUGACUGAUUCUGUCUGGCUUCCCAGCUGUUAUUUGUUUUUGAAAUACAGUUAUUAGUAUGUAUUCUUGGUCCUUUAGGUAAUUUGACUGUGUGUAAUAUACUUCUGUCCUUGAAAAGUUCAUGACAUUUGAUUCAUCAUUCCAGAAGAAGUGUUUUAUGAUAUGAUUUGACUUUUGGUUGUUUUUUAUUUGUAUUUCUUUUGAUAUUGAACUUGUUUAUGAAGUUAACCAUUACCAGUCCAGUUAAUUUAAGAGUAACACUAAAUUACUGGAUUUCAGUGAGUUUGUGCUGACAGUGGUAGUAGUUGAUUAUCCUCUAUUUCCUUGGUUCUUUGCACAUGAUCAUAUAAUCAUACAUAACCUAUAUGUAGACUCUCUGUAACCAUUUUAGCCUGGAUUGUAGUAUAUCAGUUAUGAAAGGUUUUAUCAUUCAGCCAAGUGCAAACCUUAGCAGGCAUAUGGUAGACAUGUCUCAUUACAAAGGAUUGAUGUGAAUUGGAUACUUUAAGGGAGUUACUCUCUUAGUAAGCAUGACAUAAAAUAUUGUUGAUGGUAUAUUAUAGCAGCAAUAUUAUUAUCAAGACAGUGUACAUGAGACGGUGAAGUACUUUGGUUUGUGUAUAGUAUAGUUUAGCAAGGUAUGUCCACAGUUUGUAGAGUGAGGAAAGAUUUGGGAAGACCCUUCUAAAGUAAAGGAUGUUUUGUUUUGUUUUAUAUUCAGGAAGUGAUUGUUUUUUUUUUAUAGCACCAUGGUUUUAUGUGUUUUUCAUUUGUUAAUUAGUUUUUAAAUGUUCUUUUACCACUGUAGAGGCACAUUUAUGGAAAAGACAUCUAUUGGUUUCAUAAAACCUGAAAUGAUAAUAUAUAUGUACAUAUAUAUUAAUAGACUUGAUGUGCAAUUUGGAAUUAGGUGCAAUCAACAUUUACUUAGUCAACAUAUAUGUAUCAUAUCACAGCUGUUGGCAUCCAUUAUUAGAAGCCUUGUCGUUGUUAUAAAAUAUGGGUGAUGCUCUCAACCAGGGCUGUGUAACCACCCUGUAUACUGAAAAUUGUAGUUGUUUUAUAGUAAAGGAUUAAAUAUUUUAUUACAGA